AUGGCUCAAGAAGUUCCUACUUUUAAAUUAGUUUUAGUUGGUGAUGGUGGUACAGGUAAAACUACAUUUGUUAAAAGACAUUUAACUGGUGAAUUUGAAAAAAAAUAUAUUGCUACAUUAGGUGUUGAAGUUCAUCCAUUAGGUUUUCAUACGAAUUUUGGUGAAUUAAAAUUUGAUGUUUGGGAUACUGCUGGUCAAGAAAAAUUUGGUGGUUUAAGAGAUGGUUAUUAUAUUAAUGGUCAAUGUGGUAUUAUUAUGUUUGAUGUUACUUCAAGAAUUACUUAUAAAAAUGUUCCAAAUUGGCAUAGAGAUUUAGUUAGAGUUUGUGAAAAUAUUCCAAUUGUUUUAUGUGGUAAUAAAGUUGAUGUUAAAGAAAGAAAAGUUAAAGCAAAAACUAUUACUUUUCAUAGAAAGAAAAAUUUACAAUAUUAUGAUAUUUCUGCAAAAUCAAAUUAUAAUUUCGAAAAACCAUUUUUAUGGUUAGCUAGAAAAUUAGUUGGUAAUCCACAAUUGGAAUUUGUUGCUUCUCCUGCUUUAGCUCCUCCUGAAGUUCAAGUUGAUGCUGAUUUAAUGCAAAAAUAUCAACAAGAAAUGGAACAAGCAACUGCUUUACCAUUACCUGAUGAAGAUGAUGCUGAUUUAUAA